UGUUUACAACGAUGGCCGCCGUUUUUGAAAGAAAUGAUUUCGCUCUGGAAUAAAAUGUCUGUGUUGUAAAACUAGUACGUUAUCCUUUAUUUGAAGGAAACUAUGGUGGAAAAAGACAAAUUUUUAGUUGUUAUUUCUGUUUUAGAAGGUAGACGAUUCCCAAAGCGAGCUAAACACAAGAUUGUAAUUGAAGCUCGUUUUGAUGGGGAGCUUUUGUCCACAGACCCUGUUGAUCACAUAGAGACCCCAAAUUUCACACAAGAACUAGCAUGGGAACUAGACAAGAAAGGCCUACAGCAACACCGACUUCAGAGGACUUCCAUAAAGAUCCAGUGUUAUGCUACAGAUGGAUCCGGCACGGUCAAAGAGGCGGUGGGAUACGUGGUGCUCGACCUCAGAUCCAUCACCACCAAACAGACUCCCAAAUGGUACCCACUUCUUCACUCCAAGUACAGCAAAAAUAAAUCUGAGAUACGAUUAGCUAUUUAUCUAGAAGAUGACAAAAGUGGGGAGCAGGAAACAUCCUUCAAAGCCAAAGAUGCCCCCGCCAGACUGCUGGACGACACCCAGAGCCUGGGAAUUGACCCCCGCCAUUUACAGCCCCUCCUUAACGAAGCGGAGGGCUUCUAUCAAAUCGGACCGAAGCUGAAGUGUAAAGAACAAUUCAUCCUCUCUGUCACCAUCGCACAGGCCUCAAACUUAACCCAGCUGAUUCCGAGCUCCCAGCCCCUCCCUGUGACGGCUAGUGGCUACUUCUUCUACUUCUCCCUGCUCGGUAACGAUGUGACAAACGAGACUUUUCACGAUUUGAUUCAUCCGAACUUUCCAGCUGAGCGGGCCUCCGUCAAGAUCCGGAGUAACGUGGACACACUGCGAGCGUUCUUUUCCUGUCAGCCUGGAAUACAGGUACAUUUAUGUUGUGGUGAACAGUCAUUAGGAAGUUGUGAGAUUCCUUUGAAAGACCUUCUAGUCAAGAAUAGCACAGAGAUCUACAUGAAGCCAGUAUCUAUCGAGGGAUCAUUCCAACUGGUCCCUCCUAACAAAACUAAGCAGCAAAUCACCCCUGCCCCUGGGGAUCUCUCCCCCAUGGUGGGGGUGUCCAUCGUAUUGAGGAAAGAGGAAACGGUUAUGCCCUCCAGUGCAACAGACAACACCCAGGAAACCAAAGUGUUGGGGUCCCCAGUCAGAGACAGAGACCUGAGCCCACCCAGGAAAGCUGCCUCACCCCCUGCCAAGGCCAAGAAAUCCCCGGGAAAACAGCAGGACAAAGGCCGGGAACCAGCCAAACAAGAACAAGCUAGGGCAGGGGAUGAGUACGAAGAUGACUUUGAAGAGACCCAGGAAUUUGUCAGUAGUUUCGAGGAAGACAAAGGUGCUAAGAAAACCAAGGAUACAGGUGCCCCCCGCAGUCCGCACAGAAAGGAGACAGGUGCCCCCCGCAGUCCCCUUAGUCCAGUCAGAUCACACCCAGUGGACAGUCAGACCACCACCUCCACUCACCUGGCCAUACCACCCGCCGCCCACCACUUCACCUUCUCCAUCGACCUGCGCAGCAUCAAGGACUUCCACAGCACCGCCACUCUGAUGGUCUUCCUCAGAUAUUCCUAUCCUUUUUUUGGGAGUGCGGCACCAAUUUUGACAAAUCCACCGGUCGAGAUAAGAAAAGGAAUGGAAGUGAUUCUGCCCCAGUCCUUCUGUGCGUUUGACUUUGCCUGUACCAUUCAGCAGCUUCAGGAAACCUUUCUGAGAGUUCCCCUUGUGAUUGAGGUAUGGCACCGAGACAAACAGCUCUCCCAGGAUGUGAUGAUUGGGACCGGGGAACUACCGCUGGACCGCAUCGUCACCACAGACAAGUUCAAAGUCUCUGGUAGCACAGGCUCACCUGGCUGGAGACAGACCUUCCAUGACAGACUGGGAAUCACAGCCAGUGACAGCAGUCACCAGAAGGUCGGCGAGGUUUGUUUUGUCCUGUGUCUAGAGGACUGGGGACCAAUCACAGCGCAGCAAAUUGUCGUCCAACAGGAGGCGCCACCGCAGCCAGUGAUUGGAUCCCCGGCCCGGUCCCCAAAGGUUUCCAGGAAGGUCGUGAGUCCGGAGCAGCCCCGGGAGACUGCUGAGUACCAAGCAGCCGUGGAACUGGAGAUGUGGAAGGAGUCCCAGGAACAGAUGUUUGAGAACCAGCUGAAGCAGAAAGAAAUAAUGUACAUGAAGGCUUUAGCUGAGGAGUGGAAGAAACGAGACAGAGAAAGGGAGAUAAUAAUGAAGAAAAAGUUGGCUGAGUACACUCAGUCGGAGGAGAAGCUGAGGAAGACGCUGCUAGAUCUACAGAAACGCGAGAAACAGCUGGCAGCCAAUGAACAGGAGGUGACGCGACAGCGUGUGGAGCUACAGAGAGAACACGACCGGAAGCUUCAGGAGAUGAAGGAGGCCUCCCACAGGAUGAAGGAGGACUGUCACCACCAGGUGGAGCUAGAGAGAAUGAAGGUCCGAGAAAUAGAGGGCAUAGUGGAGCGGCACAAGAAUGAGCUUGGUGAAAUGGAAAAGAAAUACCGAAGCUUGGAGAAGGACUUUGCUGUUUAUAAAGAACAACAGAACAGUAAGCCUGAGGUCCGACUUCAGUCAGAAAUCAACCUCCUGACCUUGGAGAAGGUGGAGUUAGAGAGGAAGAUUGACGCACUGUCCAAGUCAAAGCUUCACUACAAGCAGCAGUGGGGGCGGGCCCUAAAGGAACUAGCCCGCCUCAAACAAAAGGAGCAGGCGUCGGCCAAGGCGGAGCUAAAGCGACAGCAGCAGGAGCUGGAACACAUGAGGCUGAGGUACCUCGCGGCCGAGGAGAAGGAGGUGGUCAACUCGGAGAAGAGGGAGCUGGAGGAACUCAAGAAUGAACUCUCAAAGUUGAAGAAGCUAGAGGAGGAGAAGGGAAAGUUUGGGAAUGAGGACAGCCCCAGGGACGGGACACGUCCCUUCCAGCCCGACCUUGACCUCAGUCUGGAUGACCACAUCAGUCGUCUGAUCGAGGAGCGAGACACACUUCUCAGGACUGGGGUCUACUCGACCCAGGACAAAAUCAUCGCCGAGCUCGACCGACAGAUCCGAGAGUCCAUCGCUCAGAAGAAGACCAAUGCCUUAUAGCGGUACGCCGGUGUCUACUCAAUAGGGGGGUGCCUGCUGACAAAGCUCUGAUAUUAGUACUUCUCAUCACAGUUACAGUCAUCAUACUGUAUACAUCUCCAAAUAAAGUCAUAGACUGACUGUAUCUAUCUUGUGAACAAUAAACCGUUGUGUAUGAGCAAUUGUUCAGGUUUUAGCACCCAUUCUCCGUUUUUAUUACAAGUUACUAUUUAUUUUAGCAUUGAUGCAUGUAGAAAUAGAACAAGUUUCAUGUAAGUCUUCAGAGAGGGAAAUACAUUGGAGACGGGAGUAUUAGCCUUUGUUAAAAUUGGGUUAUAAACAGAACCAUUUUUAUAGUCUGUUUGUAAUUUAGACAGAGGAACAAAUAUUUAUGGAUGUUUGAUAUAUUUAAAAGCAUACAAACUGAACAAGAUUAGAUGAAAAGUGAAUAUGUGCAAAGAAAUUAAAUGAAGAAAUUUAUAACAAGUCUAAAUGUACAUUAACCUAAUGGAUUUCAUCAUGGUGUGUCUUUUCAUUGUCUUUGUUUUGUCACUGGAAUUGUUUGUACUCAUCAUCAAUAGAAAUGUUUGUGUUUAAGGAUAUAUGUAGGAUAUGUGUCUCGCACUGUUAGUAUGAUGGACGCUACAAAGCUUAUACAUGACAAGGACUAAUCAGCUCAAACAGACUGGUAAACAUACAUGCAAAUGUUACAUUCUCAUGACACGUGCUUAAGACAUGGUAGCUUAUACUCCACAGUGAACAAAUUCGGAAUGAACCUCAUGAAGACUCUUCUAAAUGUGUAAAAGAUACACCUAGUGGUGAUUUUAUGAUUACACAGACUUUUAUGUGGAUAAAUAUGUUUGUGUGGUAUCUGGAUAGAGUAGACACCAGCAUUGUUUAACUCAGUUGUAGGAGACCCGUUAUGGGAUGGGCGGUAGUGAUGAGGUAGAUUUAUUUUUAUUUUAUAGUUUGCCAUUUCAUCCUGGCAUAAAUCCAGCUGGCUUAGAAAGAGAGAGACCUAGUGUAUGGAACAUUUGGUUUACACACAGUCUCAGAUGUAUACAUUGGUGUGAACAGAAUGAAACUUGUGUUGCUUUUUGUUUAAUGUAAGCAAUAUUGUGAUAUGUAAAUAACAGGCUAUGUAUUUAAUGUAUAUAAUGUCAAUUGUAUUAACAUAUUAACUGAACAAACAUUCAAUAAAAUCGUAAAAUCUUCCUA